GUCCCGGCAAAUUGCGGCGUUUAUCUCAGACGACAACUCCAACUACGCAAGGUCCGUCGGUGAUCCAGCAGUCGCCUUGGUCAACAAGAGCUGGCGGCAGCUCUUUAUUUCUGAAGACGGUGAAUCUGAUCGUCCUGACUCCUGUAUGGAGUUCUGGAGGACUUGUGCACUUUCCCUUCUUCCACACAAGAGCACGAUCGAGUUCGUUUCCUUGCUAAUAUUGCCACUACUGCGCUGGUUCGGCAAUGGAGGCAGUGAAGCGCGUCUGCUCGCUGUCCCAGCCACCGCUGGCCACCUUCUUCUUCCUCGCCGUGGCUGCCUUCGCGGCCAGAGACACCAUCCUCCCAGGCGAGGGCAUCUCCGGGAACCAGACUCUUGUUUCCCGGAACGGCGUGUUCGAGCUGGGGUUCUUCUCCCCGGGGACGGACAUAUACCACUUCUUGGGCGUGCGGAUCCUGAACAUGCCGACGAACGCCGGCACCCCGAAAUUCUGGUUCGGGGACCGGGUCUACAUCUCCGACCUCCCCAGCGCGGCGCUGCAGCUCUUCGGCGAUCGCCUGUACAUCACCGAGAACGGCACUAACCUCUGGUGGUCAAGCGUGGCGGGCGCCGGCGGCGGCCCCGCGGCGCCGACGGCAUCCGUCGUCGCGGUCCUCCUCGACAGCGGCAACCUCGUGGUGCGGGACCAGGCCAACUCGUCGCGGGUCCUGUGGCAGAGCUUCGACUACCCCGGCGACGCGCUGCUCCCCGGCGCGAGGCUCGGGCUCGACGGGGACACCGGGAACAACGUCUCGCUGACGUACACCAACACCAACUCGUGGCACAACAGCAGCCUCAGCGUCGAUCCGGACCGCCGCAGGAGGAACGGGUUCGUGCUCGCCACCGACGGCUGGGACGUCCUCCGGGGGACCUUCCCGGAAUGGAUGGUGUCUUCUCAAGGAAACGGCAGCUCGCUGGUGCUGCUCAAUAAUCGUCCGGGCGCAGGCAUGGCGGAGCACUUGCAGCUCCAUCUGGGGCAAGUGAGCCUACGGAGCUGGUCGAGUUCUGCUGGCUGCUGGGUGGCCAGUUGGACCUUCCCUUCCGACUGCAAAUCCAGCGCCUUCUUCUGCGGCCGUUUCGGCGCCUGCACGAGCAACGGCACGUGUGGCUGCGUCGACGGAUUCGAGCCUGCAAACCCAUCAGAGUGGCAGCGUGGAUACUUUGUGAACGGUUGCUCGAGGUCUCUGCCACUGAGCUGCACGGCAGACAAUGGCGGCCGCCUGACGGCGGAACACGAUGACUCGUUUGUCCUUCUAGACAACCUGCAAGGGCUCCCUUACAGCUCCCAGAACGCCACGGCAGAGGGUGACGAAGGUUGCAGACAAGCCUGUCUGAGCAAAUGCUACUGCGUCGCGUACGCGUAUGACGACGACGACGACUCUGGGUGCAAGCUAUGGUUCAACUACCUGUACAACGUGAGCUUCGCUGCUACACCUCCGUACAGCAAGGUUUAUGUUCGUUUGGGUUCGAAGCUCAUGGCUCAAAAAGCUUCGAAAACAGUAGGGAUCGUGUUCAUGGUUGUCGGACUGACAGCAGCAGUUUGUGUGAUACUGAUACUGGCGCUUCUAUGGAGAUACAGGGGAGGUUUUUUGUCUACUACUGCUUGCAGAAAGUUCCAAGAAGUGGAAGGAGGCUCUCUUGCUGUCUACACAUAUGCACAGGUCAGGAGAGCAACGAGGAAUUUCUCCGACGAGCACAAGCUCGGCGAGGGAGGUUUCGGCUGUGUUUUCAGGGGAACAAUGCCGGGACCAACCGUCGUCGCCGUGAAGCGUCUGAAAGGCUUUGGGCAAGCAGACAAGCAGUUCAGAGCUGAAGUGCAGACGCUCGGAGUGAUUCGGCACACGAACAUCGUCCCUCUCUUGGGAUUCUGCGUCACAGGGAGCAGGAGGCUGCUUGUGUACCAGUACAUGGACAAUGGCUCCUUGGGUGCACACCUCUUCCCGGAAAACAAACCAUGUCUACUGAACUGGGAUCUUCGGUACCGGAUUGCGCAUGGCAUCGCCAAGGGCCUAGCCUACCUCCACGAGGAAUGCGAAGACUGCAUCAUACACUGUGAUAUCAAGCCAGAAAACAUACUCCUCGACGCGGAAUUCCGCGUGAAGAUCGCGGACUUCGGCAUGGCAAAGCUUCUUGGACGGGAGUUCAGCUCUGCACUGACCACGAUCCGAGGAACCAUGGGAUAUCUUGCGCCGGAGUGGGUGUCUGGACAGCCUAUCACCAAGAAAGCAGAUGUCUAUAGCUUUGGCAUCGUGCUGCUGGAGAUAAUCUCGGGGAGAAGGACUAUCAGGAGACUGAAAUUUGGGAGCCAUCGGUAUUUCCCUCAUUAUGCUGCUGCCCAGCUGAAUGAAGGAAAUGUGAUGAGCUUGCUGGAUCGUAGGCUGGGAGGAAAUGCCAGUGUCGAGGAGCUUGAUGUCACCUGUAGAGUUGCCUGUUGGUGCAUCCAGGACGAGGAGGAUGACAGGCCAUCGAUGGCCCAAGUUGUUCGUAUGCUGGAAGGUGUUUUAGACACUGGAAUUCCUCCGGUUCCGUCUUCCUUCAUGAACCUUAUUGAGGGUGAGAGCAGCAGUACAUCUUCGGAAGAAGGCUAAUAUUUUCUUUACUGUAUAUGGGUACAAUUGAUUAAGAUAUGGUCCAUGUUUAGGCGCUGAUUUUUUUUUUCUGUUAUAAUAUUUGACCAUGCGUGGAAAUUUCAAUUAUUUUUCUUGGUUUAUUUACUAGCUAGGUAUUAAUAGCUUAAU